GCUCGUGUGUCGGCAAGUUCGAUUCAGUUUCGAUUCGAGCCGUCUAACGAGCAUUACAUACCCGAAAAGAUUUUAAUUUGCAUCAAUUUGAAUAAGACAGUCUUUCUACAGUGUUAACGAACGCGUGUCGAUGUACCCUUUCGUUGUCAAAUGUACCGAGUGACGUGAGCGUUAAUCAGCAAGUUCCUCGGCCUUCGUGAUUGUACGCGCGUCUCAAUACUAAAAAAUUCUAUUUUCCUUCGGUGAAUCGCGUGGAACAUUUUCCAAAAUGAGCUUGUCGUCGAAUUUUAUUGUCCGUGCUGGCACGGGUAGCUUCGUUUCUGGUGUUCCGGGAAAACGACGAUUCUCGCGAGUCGGUUUCGUCGGUCUGGGUAACAUGGGUAGUCACAUGGCAAGAAAUCUCCUAAGAAAGGGAUACAAAUUGGUCGUGUACGAUGUUAACGAGUCAGCUGUGUCGAAUUUCACGAAAGCUGGCGCAGACAAAGCCUCGAACCCUGCUGAGCUAGCAGAAGACGUCGAGGUGGUCGUUUCAAUGUUGCCGUCUAAUCAAAACGUUCUCGAUGUGUACAACGUUAAAAAUGGCCUGUUGAGUUCAGCAAAAAAGGAUAUCCUUUUGAUCGAUAGCAGCACUAUAGAUCCAUUCGUGUCUCAAACGUUGGCCAAGGAGGCUGAGAAGUCUGGAACUCGUUUCAUAGACGCUCCAGUGUCUGGAGGUGUAAACGCAGCUAAAGAUGGUACAUUGACGUUCAUGGUGGGAGGAUCGAAAGAGAAUUUCCAAGUUUCAGAGCCAUUCUUGAAAUCCAUGGGAACCAGAGUGGUGCACUGUGGUGACGUUGGAAUGGGUCAGGCUGCAAAAUUAUGCAAUAACAUGCUUUUGGCGGUUAGCAUGAUCGGUACAGCUGAAGCGUUCAAUCUUGGACAAAAGCUCGGUUUAGAUCCAAAGGUUCUGGCUGAUAUUGUUAACUCCAGCUCGGGCAGAUGUUGGUCUUCCGAGUUGUAUAACCCUGUCCCCGGUAUACUUGACAAUGUUCCAAGCUCCAACGAUUAUAAGGGUGGUUUUGGUACAGCUUUAAUUGCGAAGGAUUUAGGAUUGGUACAGACUGCUGCAACUAAAGCGGAAGUUAGUAUUCCAUUAGGUUCUUUGGCUCAUCAGAUCUAUAGAGCUCUUAUGGCUCAUGGUUUUGAGAAAAAGGAUUUCAGCUUUGUCUAUCAGUUUCUCAAAGGACUAAAACAAUGAUCUUGGUGACACAACCAAUGCAUUGCCGUUAAAUUGUAUAUUUAUUCUAUUUUUUUUACUGUUAAUAAAGAAAUUUAUCCUAUUUAUUUUACUAUUGUUAAAAAAA